AGAGGUAUUUGACUUCACAUAAAUAUAAUUACUUGGUUAAAAAUUGAUAUCUUUUAAAAUAUUUAAAUGAAAAUUUCUUACUCAUGCAUAGCGAAUUUACACUGGCAUUUUGUAUUCACCAGUUUGUUGCAAAAUGCGUCGUCAGUUAUGUGCAAGGUCACAUAAUCAUUACAGACAUUAGGAUUUACCACCAUAACGUGAAAGAGUCUAAUUUCUUCCUUGUGCAGUUUUCUUUGUUGAAUAUUCUUGCAACGGAAUUUCACAGUGAUAGAAAUUGUUGUGACUGCUUUAACUAUUUAUUUGGUACUGGCUGUUUAUUUACAAAGAACAGUUUGUUUCAACAAAAAUUUUCAGCCAGCCUCCAAAAUAGCCAGAUCACCAAACACUUUUCUCUGACUCCAGUAGCCAGUAGUCACCCAGUGGUGGAAUUCUUCAGAGCCCGAAACUUCCGGGCAAAGAGGGGUCCAUUUAGACCCGAGGAUAAGCGAGGGGAUCAUGCCAUGAUGGCUUCCACCCACUGGAAGGUGGAGCGUGCACUGGCCAUCAGCAUGCUGGGGGUCAUGCCUGCCUGUCUCAUUGUCCAGGGACCAGCCAUGGACACUCUGUUAUCUAUAACUGUUCUUCUUCACGGAUUCUGGGGUGUUGAUGGGGUGCUAACAGAUUAUUUAGAGAAAUUUGUUCCAUGGAUCCAUUAUCCGUGGUAUAUAUUGACCAUUGCUGGACUUGCUGGACUUCUGUAUUUUAAUUAUAAUGAUGUCGGAGUCUGUGAAGCAAUAAAGAUGGUGUGGAGAUUGUAAUUCCCAACACAUGACUUCAUGCUACCAUUGGAUAUUGCAUAAUUAUUAACAACAGUUCCUUUGCUUGAACAUUAUGUACCAUCAUGCAAAAGUAUAAGACUUUCCAUUACUGUACAAGGAUGAACAGGAAAUUAAGAACAGGCAACCUGAACUAUUUAUUAUGAAUAGUUUGUGUUAAAAUUAUGCUCUCAAAGUUAGGAUUUAUCGAAGUUUGCAGAUUGUUGCUAUAGUGAAAAAAGACUCUUAUUUACUGCUUUGUGUAACACAUGCUUGCUUCAAGGCUGUUAUUUGCAUAAAUUAAAUAUUUGUUUACAUUUA